GAUACAUCUACUCCUCAUACGGCAGCAGAAAUCCAGAUAGAAAGACUGCGCAAUGAGCUAGGUCUUCUAGUAAAAUCUGCCUUCGAAAUAGAGGUCUUCAUCAGAGAGGCGGAAAAUAAGCAACCAUUUGGCCAUUUAAGUAUUUAUUCAUCGACAGAUGUAAUUGAAAAUUGCCAGGGCCUGAUGUUCGAUUUCAUGCAAGAACUACUCGAGAGAGGCAUAAAAGUUGACUCGGUGCAGACUGAAAAUGGAUUUGGGGAAUUUGAAUUUACCCUUGUAGUUGCCGAAGGCCUUCAGGCAAUCCGCAAAACAGUACAGUUCAAAAACAUCAUCAAACGAUUCAUGAAAUCUAGAGGUUAUGAGGCCACGUUUAUGUCAGCAAUGGCUAGCAGAAGGGAAGAUUGUUUAACAUUUCACUUCAACCACUCCUUGUGGACUCCAUCUGGCAAAAACGCUUUUCUUGACACCAGUAAACCCAACAAUCUGUCUGAUCUUGGGUGUCAUUGGCUAGCCGGCUUGAUAGAGCACGCCCCGGCGAUGACAGCAUUUUGUUGUCCUACUAUUAACUGUUACAGCAUGUUCCAUGUACCCCACGAAGCUAGCUGGAGUGUCGGGGAACGUUCAGCAGCUUUCAGACUCAAGAUAGAAGGCCAAGACAACAUUUAUAUUGAGAACAGAAUUCCACUCGGCGCUAGCAACCCUUACCUAGUGCUCAUAUGUACACUCGCAGCCGGCAUCGAUGGAAUCAAGAGAAAACUUCCAUUGCCUGAAGCUUAUGAAUCCAAAUGCAUGCUUCCAACUGACUUAGAGACUGCCCUUCGGACCUUAGAGGCUGAUACUGUUCUUACAGAAGCAAUGGGCAGUAAACUCGUGGAAUAUUUUUGUUUUGUUAAGAGAAAGUUUGAACUGGAGGAGUUUGCUGCCGCUGGAAAUCUUAAUGACGAAGAGCUGCUGAAAAUGGAAAAUGAGUAUUAUUUCCACAAUGUUUGA